AUGGGUUCCACUGGUCCUCUCUACUGCGGAAAAAUACCCUUUGCAACUGAAGAAUUCCAAUUAUGUGUUGACGUAACUGACAAUAUGGGCUCCAAAAAUGAACAUUGUUAUUUUAGACUUUUCUUCAAAGCGGAAAGUCCCAAUAGCAUAUUCACCACAUUGGAAGCCAUUGCCUCGGGCACCGAUUCAGAUAUUGCCAACGCAUUGAAAACUGGUGAUCCAAAUGAAAUUUCCGUCACAGUUCAGAGUGUUGCUAGAUUGCUCGCUGAGGGACAUUGGGCUAACUUGACCGAUCCCACAUCAGCAGCUAAAAUGAGAGCUGAUAUUGCUGUGCAGUUGGUUGAUGCUGUUGGCUCUGUAGAAGUCACAGAUGCAAACACCUUGAGACAGAUCACAUCUACAAUCAAUGCUCUUGCACUCGCCUCCAGUGACAUACCCCGAUCAGGUCAAGAAAAGCUUCUGUCUAUAAUCGAAAAUGUGUCCAGAAAUGUUCGAGAUAUUUCGAAAGUAGCAUCAAAGGAUGAUUCAGUGACAGUUGGAAGGAUGGUUCUCGACUCGUUCUUUAACAUCAUGACAGGAAUUCAAUCGCAAACCGACAAUCCACUCCCUGGAGACGCAAUUACUGAUCUCAAAGAAAUGGAUUAUGAUACAAGCAUCGAGGCUGGAGAACUUGAUUCACAUUCUGAAUUGGGCUCGUUCAAUACGCUUUUUGCUAGAGAUACUAAGAAUAAACAAGAAACAUUGAGCACAAACAUGUAUCGCCAAAUGAUGGAACUGCAAGAGGAAGUUUAUGGAGCAAUAUCUGGAAUGUUGGCCGCCGGUGAAGGUAUUUCUUCGAGAACAGAUUCAGGAGCAAUGUUCGUGCGCAAAGUGAUGAAAACCGAAGUAGACAAAUGGAUUUCUGACUAC